AUGCCAGAUGUCUACAAUCUGAUGUUCUACCUGGUGGCUGGUGGCUGGGACUCCUGGGAUCUCGUCCCGCUGAAGAAGUUCCCAUCAGUCCGGAACCGGUUUGGCCGGUCAGGGGUCCCCAUUGCCGAGUUGCUCCGGCGGGGAGGACUCCGGGCUGGAAAGCCCCAAAGUCGAGCUUCCAUCGGCCGCGAACGCCUCCACAACUUCAUGGACGCACAGUACUACGGGCCGGUCUGCAUUGGAACCCCCAAACAGUGCUUCAAUGUUGUUUUCGAUACCGGCUCUUCCAACUUGUGGGUGCCCUCCUCCAAAUGUUGCCUCUUCCACCUAGCAUGCUGGGUACACAGCCAUUACCGGGCCUUUUUCUCGCACACCCACAAGGCCAAUGACACAAAAUUUGCAAUUCACUACGGAAGUGGCAGCCUCUCAGGAUUUUUGAGCCAGGACGUUGUUUCUGUUGGCAACAUCACCGUCCACAACCAGACAUUUGCCGAAGCUACAGAAAUGCCAGGAUUGGUUUUUGUCGCCGCCAAGUUUGACGGCAUCAUGGGGCUUGGCUACCCUUCCAUCUCGGUGAACAACGUCACGCCGCCCUUCGACAACAUGAUGCAGCAGAAGCUGCUCAAGCAGAAUGUCUUCUCGUUCCACCUCUGCAAUAAUAACAGCACUGAAGAAGCCGAUGGAGGUGAAGUCCUCUUCGGGGGGAUUAACCACAAGGCCUACGAGGGGGAACUUCACUACAUUCCCGUGUCGCGCCAGGCCUACUGGCAGAUCAAGAUGGACAAAGUUGGUCUUGAUAAUUCCUCCAAGAUAUGCAAGGAUGGUUGCCAAGGCAUCGUGGACACUGGGACUUCUCUUAUCACGGGGCCUAGUGGUGAGAUCAAGGAGCUGCAUGAGGCCCUUGGGGCUAGCCAUGCCUUCGGAGGGCAGUACCUGCUGGAUUGUGAUAAGCUCUCUACUAUGCCAAACGUGAUUUUCCAUCUUGAUGGCAAACCCUACACCCUGACCCCACAGGAAUACACCCUACAGGUAAACCAGGGGGGAGUGACGGCUUGCAUCAGCGGAUUCAUGAGCCUUGACAUCCCCAAGCCCAACGGCCCACUCUGGAUCCUGGGUGACGUGUUCUUGCGGAAGUACUAUUCCGUCUUUGACCGAGAACACAACCGAGUUGGCUUGGCCCUUUCCAAACCAACCGAAUGUGGCUCCAGUUUUACAGAGGAGGCGACGGCGACUGUGGCUCCAACAACGGGAAGUGUCACCACUGCUUGA